AUGCCCACCAUUGCGGUUGACAAGGCUGCCCUCUACAAGGCGCUGGGCCGCGAGUACACCAACAAGGAGUUCGACGAGCUCUGCUUCGACUUUGGCAUUGAGCUCGAUGAAGAUACCACCGACGACCCGGAGCGGAAAGGACCACCCGAGCUCAAGAUCGAGAUUCCCGCCAACCGAUAUGACAUGCUCUGCUUCGAGGGUAUUGCAUUGAAUCUGAACGUGUUCCUGGGCCGCCAGUCCAUGCCAAAAUUCACUCUCUCCAAACCAGCCGACCUUCUUACCAUCGACAUCACAGAGGACACCGCUCGCAUACGGCCCUACUUCUCCUGCGCUAUCCUCCGCGGCAUCAAGUUCGACCAAGCUCGGUAUGACUCCUUCAUCGCACUGCAGGACAAGCUGCACCAGAAUUUGGCCCGGCAGAGAACACUGGUUUCCAUCGGUACUCAUGACCUGAGCACAAUUGAGGCGCCAUUCUCUUACGAGGCGCUGCCGCCUGAGCAGAUCAAGUUCGCCCCCCUCAACCAGGAGAAGGUCAUGGACGGCAAGGAGAUGAUGGAGUUCUUCGAGAGUGACAAGCACUUGUCUCGCUAUCUGCACAUCAUUCGAGAUUCGCCCGUCUACCCCAUCAUCUACGACAAGAAUCGGAAAGUGCUCUCCAUGCCGCCCAUUAUCAACUCCAACCACUCGAAGAUCACGCUCAACACUACGGACGUCUUCAUUGAUAUCACCGCCACCGACAAGACCAAGCUGGAAAUCGUCAACCACAUCAUCUGCGCCAUGUUCUCCAUGUACUGCACCGAACCAUUCACUAUCGAGCCGGUCAAUGUCGUCUCGAAACACAAUGGCGAGUCGAGAGUGACCCCCGAUCUGUCGCCACGGCCGUUUCAGGCGUCGCUGUCUUUCAUCAACUCUGUCUGCGGCCUGACAGAGUCACCAGAAUCAUGGUCUAAAUUGCUCGCGAAGAUGGCCUAUGAUGUUCAUCCUUCAAAGACCGACACGGACAAGUUGGACAUCGACAUUCCAAUUACUCGCGCAGAUGUACUUCAUCAGGCCGACAUCAUGGAAGAUGCUGCCAUCGCAUAUGGCUUCAACAAGCUUCCACAGGAGUUCCCAACGAGCAUUCCUGCUGGUGGCGCUGCACUGCCCAUCAAUACACUCUCAGAUAUUGUCAGACUUGAGGCGAAGAGCAGGUGGAUAGAAGUUAUGCCUCUUAUCUUGUGCAGCCAUGACGAGAACUAUGCCUGGCUGAACCAGAAGGACGAUGGCAAGGCUGUGCGACUGGCGAAUCCAAAAACUGCAGAAUAUCAAAUAGUCCGGACGUCGCUUGUGCCAGGUCUCCUCAAGACAAUCAGAGAGAACAGGAAGCACGAAGUGCCGCUGAAGAUCUUCGAAGUCGCCGAUGUCUGCUACAAGGAUGCAUCACUUGAGCGGAGAAGUAGGAACGAGCGUCAUUUUGCGGCAGCGUGGGCUGGUAGCACGUCAGGCUUCGAGCAAGUACAAGGCUUGCUAGACAGCAUCAUGCUGGCGCUCAGAUAUCCUUGGAUUCCCGAAGGAAAGGAUCGCACGAGCGAGAAGGUCAAGGGUUACUGGGUCGAGGGACACGAUGACCCAACCUAUCUUGCUGGCCAUGCUGCUGCCAUCUGUCUGAAGAACGCUGGCAAGCAAGUGCAACGUAUCGGCAUUUUCGGCAUGCUCCACCCGAAGGUGCUGGAGAAUUUCGAGAUUCCAUAUGCAACCACGGCACUCGAACUCAACCUAGAGAUCUUCCUUUAG